AUGAGCUCCAUAUUGAAGCAUUGUGUGUCGUUCAGGUUCCUGUUUCCCGGUCCAGGGUUGUUCCAGUGUUCUUUGACUGGUCUGGUGUUUGAUGUGACUGGUGAGAGUGAGGUCACCUACAAGACUCUGAUCUGGGAUCCUCUGGUUCUCCAACCAGCGCACAAAGUGGCCGGAGGCCCGCUGUUCGGCAUCGAGUGUCCUCAGGACUCUAUACGUCAGCUGCACCUCCCACACUGUGAACCUGAGCCGGCACUGGUCUCUGACAGCAUCUCUGUGGUCCACAUCACGGAUGAUGGCAUGAGCAUCAUACAGCCUCUGGAGAUCACUGAAACUCACGUGGUCGUGGACGUCCCUCACCUCUCUGCCUUUGGCCUCGUCUGGGAUCUCGCUAAGCGGUUUUUCAAUUACAUGACGAAACCCGUUCGUGGCCAAGUCCUGCUCUUCCUGAGAAACAGGCCACGCCCCAUCCUCAGUGUGAUGCUGCUCCCAGGAAACGUCCCUCUGCACGACGUGAAAGUGCAGCACGCUGCUUCAGAGUACAUCGAAGCGCCGUCCUUCUGUUAUUUCCACAAAGGUCAAAAGUACAGUCUGAGCAGCGCCCCGCACGACUUUAAAAUACAGCCUGCACGUGCAGAGUUUUUUGAAAAUUACGGACCAAAUUACCACCCGACCUUUGAGAUCAUCCUGACAACGAACGCAGAGGAAGUGAUGCUGAUGGUGCAAGAUCCCGAGGAGACACGAGUGUGGGAGCAUGACCUUCAUCUGCCCG